GGGCGGGGCGGCCUGUGGCUCCGCCCACGAGGAGGUGGGGCGUCCACGGAGCCCCGCCCACGCGGAGGCGUGGCCUGCGGCGCGCGGGAAGCGGCGCGCACGGCGGCGGGAGGUGGCGGCGCCGCUGACUUGCCGCGUCCCUUCAGCUUUCCUCUGUCUUUGGGAAAAAACAGUGCCCGAGGAAUUAUUUUUGCCGCUUCAAGACACAGGAGGAUGAAAGUCAUCACUUGCGAAAUAGCCUGGCACAACAAGGAGCCGGUGUACAGCCUGGACUUCCAGCAUGGCACGGCCGGGAGGAUCCACAGACUGGCGUCGGCAGGGGUGGACACCACUGUUCGGAUCUGGAAGGUAGAAAAAGGACCAGAUGGAAAGGCCAUUGUGGAAUUUUUGUCCAAUCUUGCUCGCCAUACCAAAGCGGUCAAUGUGGUGCGUUUUUCUCCAAAUGGGGAAAUUUUAGCAUCAGGAGGAGAUGAUGCUGUCAUUCUGUUGUGGAAGGUGAAUGAUAACAAGGAGCCAGAACAGAUAGGUUUUCAGGAUGAGGAUGAGGCUCAGCUGAAUAAGGAGAACUGGACUGUCGUAAAAACCCUGAGGGGCCACUUGGAAGAUGUGUAUGAUAUUUGCUGGGCAACUGACGGGAAUUUAAUGGCUUCUGCCUCUGUGGAUAACACAGCCAUCAUAUGGGACGUCAGUAAAGGACAAAAGAUCUCAAUUUUUAACGAACAUAAAAGUUAUGUGCAAGGUAUAACCUGGGAUCCUUUGGGUCAGUAUGUUGCUACCCUAAGCUGUGACAGGAUCCUGAGGGUGUACAGCACACAGAAGAAGCGUGUGGCUUUUAAUGUUUCAAAGAUGCUGUCUGGAAUAGGGGCUGAAGGAGAGGCAAGAAGUUACCGGAUGUUUCAUGAUGACAGCAUGAAGUCGUUCUUUCGUAGAUUGAGUUUUACUCCUGAUGGAUCUCUGCUCCUCACACCAGCUGGGUGCGUGGAGUCUGGUGAAAAUGUAACGAAUACCACUUAUGUUUUCUCCAGGAAAAAUCUUAAAAGGCCUGUUGCUCAUCUUCCGUGUCCUGGAAAAGCGACGCUUGCUGUUCGCUGCUGUCCCGUCUACUUUGAGUUGAGGCCGGGGGUGGAACCAGAUGCAGACGGACCCCCACAGGAGGCAGGUGUGGAGCUGGUGAGCCUGCCCUACCGCUUGGUGUUUGCUGUGGCAUCCGAAGACUCUGUGCUCCUGUACGACACCCAGCAGCUGUUCCCUUUUGGUUAUGUGUCUAAUAUACAUUACCACACCCUGAGUGACCUUUCCUGGUCCAGCGAUGGGGCCUUCCUGGCCAUUUCUUCCACGGAUGGUUAUUGUUCAUUCGUGACAUUUGAGAAGGAUGAACUUGGAAUACCUUUGAAAGAGAAGCCAGUUUUGAGCGUGAGAACUCCUGAUACAGCAAAGAAAACUAAGAGCCAGACACCCCAGGGGUCUUUGCCAGGACCCAGGCUGGCAGAGGGAACCCCCACCAGCAGAACCCAAGACCCCAGCAGUCCGGGUACACCCCCCCCUCAGGUGAAACAGUCUCCAGCCUCAACAGCGGCCAAGGACACCCCUGGGACUGCUCCCGGUGCCAGAAGCUCCUUGCCAGGAUCUUCAGAGGAGAAGACCCUGCAGCCCAGCAGUCAGAAUGUGAAAGCCCACCCAUCCCGGAGGGUCACUCUGAACACACUGCAGGCCUGGAGCAAGACCACACCCCGGAGAAUAAACUUAAUACCCUUAAAGACAGACACUCCACUGAAUUCUGUACCAAACAGUAUAAUUUCCACCUCUGCCACAGAAGAAGUUCAAUCAGAGAUGCCUGGAGACCCUCAGGGCAGUCCUCCGGAGCCAAAGCGGCCCAGACUCAGUGAACACAAAGAAGGCCCCCAGGGUCAGGACCCUUGAGGAGACCUGUCUUGUGCUUGAAGGCUGCCAGGUCUGGGACCCCCAUGCCCACAGGGAAGGGGCCUGGGCUGAAAACACCUGAGAUCAGUGACAUCAGAUGGAGCCUGAGGGACACUCGUAAAUCGAUUUCUGUAACGGGAGAUACACAAGCACUGGUUUUUCUCCAGAAAUAUCUGGUAUUCAGUAUACGUUUUUACCUCAGACAUGUGAACAUUUAGUAGACUAAAUCCUCUUUUUGAUGAGUUUCUGAAACUGGAACAGUUCACCAUUAUCUAGUGUGAAAAUCAGUAAAUCUUCCCUUGAAAUAUUUGGAUGGAGGUACAGACACUUUAUGGGUGGAAUCCUAAUGCUGGAAUUAGCAGAGAAGGUUAUUGGAGAAGGUCGAAUUUUAGAGUGUAUGAAUGAUUAUUAGAUUUAGCUUCUAAAUAGUUGAUUAAUUUUUGGAACUUUGUUAUGUUUGCUUUCUGAUCUUAAAGGUAAUAAUGCUCAUUCUAAAAAGUAGAGUGAAGUAGGAAAAAAUAGGCUGGAGGUGAGAAUCACUCAUUGUCAUCUCAGCACAAGGAGGAACCCUUGUUGCUGUUUUGGCGUAUUUCCUUCUUAACAUUUCUAUGGUUCUAAUUUUUUUUUUAAAGGGAGAUAGUUGAGAUUUUACUUUAGAUAGAAUUUGGUAUCCAAAUAGGUUAACUUUUUAGAUUGAUUUUUCAAAGCAAAAAAAGGAACUUUACUUAGCCGUUUACGCCUCUGCCUUUGCUUUCUCUGGUCCCUGGGGCGAGGACCUGUUCUCUUUCUCUGUUGGGCGUAAACGUGAGACAUAAAGCGCUGCUGUUGGCUGAGGAGGCAGUCACACAUGGAGCCUCCUCCUAGCUCAGGGACCCUGCGUCGUGUGACUGAAGGGCUGGUGGUCCUCUGGCAACUGGCUGGAACCUGGUUUAGAAACUGCGCAGGUGCUUCACAUUGAGAAGGGCCUUAGAGUUGAAUUUCGUGAUGCUCACUGGCUGUCAGUUUGGCCUAAUGAACAUGAUGAGUCAUGAGGGUUCUCUACUCGGGCUUUCUUCCCAUCUGAGAGAGAUCAAAGUGUCCAGGACCCACCAAUCAAGUCUCUGACAGGAAGCUGGCUGAGGAGUGGAAGAAUGUGCCCUUUCUCAUUCAACUCAGCAGCAACAAAGAGAAGAAUUUGAUGCUUCUUUCCAUUUGUUGCUUAAUCCACAACCUGGUUAACCAGAAAAGAGUUUGCCUUCCAGAUGGGAAAGUGGCAAACUGGGGAUAAUUUCCAAUGUAGAGAAUUGGAAGGUGAAUAGACGCAUAGCUGUAAUAAUGCAGGUGUGGGUCACAUUCACUAUGAAGAGAUUUUAAAAUGCCAAAUAGUAUCUGAACCGGUGGAUUGAAAUUACCCAGAAAGCCGACAGAAAUGCUGAUGCCUGGUUCUGCCUCCAGAGGGUCUGGCCUGAUUGGUCUGGGGCAUGAUCCGAACAUCAAGAUUCCCUUAAAGCUCCUCCACUAAUUCUGAUGCGCAGCCAAGAUUGGGAAAUCCUAAAAGAAAAGCUUUCCCUGGAUCUGGCCUCUUCUGGUUAAAUGCUUUCCCACUGGAAGCUUUUUCUUGCUUAUCUCUGGUUCAGAAUCGCAGAAAACCAGCUCCUUUACCAGGGCUGCCAAACCGAAAGGAUGGUGUGUGGGAGAUGCCGCUUUUCAGAGAAAAGGAUGGUUUGAAACUUACUUUGGCUGGAGUGAGGUGUAUUUUGUAGUCGUUGGCCCCUGUGCAAACCAGCGUGAUGAGGCUUCUCAAUGGGAGGGCCUGCCUCCCUGGCACACCUGGUCAGGCGUGAUGCUCGGUUCUACACAGCCGUCUCUGGUGCAGCAAUAGCAGGAGGGGGGGAGGCAGGGCGCACCUUCGCCCUGAAGCAUGUAUUUAUGGACCUGACUCCCUGCCCCUUCGUCAGCUGUCACCUCGAAUAUAAAUGACAGAAUCAGCAGUAAAAGCCCAG